AUGGAUCAAAGAUUGGUGGAUGUUUGUGAAGCAGGAGAUAUUGAUCGUUUCUAUUCACUAAAUCCGGACCUUGAAAGAAUCGAUCAAAUCCCAUUUGUUGAUACUCCAUUACAUAUAACUGCAUCAGCUGGAAAGCCUCAACUUAGUAUUGAAAUCCUAAGCUUAAAGCCUUCAUUUGGUAGAAAGCCGAACUCUGAUGGUUUAAGCCCUUUGCACUUAGAUCUACGAAAAGAACAUGUUGAGAUCGCGAAGCGACUCAUCAAGCAUGAUCCUCAACUCAUUCAUUAUGUAUCAGAAACAGAAAAUGUCUAUCUUUUAGGGGAAUUUCUAUAUUCUUGCCCUGCAUCAAUCAAGGACUUGACACUUCGCGGUGAGACUGCUUUGCAUGUUGCUGUCAAAUCCAGCAAGUUAAAUAGUGUCAUAGUUUUACUGGGAUGGAUCCAAAGGACAAACAAUAGAGAGAUUCUUAAGUUGAAAAAGGGAAUACUGUUCUGCAUACUGCUGUGUCCACAAAUCAACUCCAGGUUCGUGAUUUUUUAA